AUAUGCCUCCGCUGCCCUCGGGCUGCUCGCCAUGCCGGGCACCUGCGGGCGCCUCUCCGCGCUGCUGCUGCCGCUGCUGCUGCUGCUGACCAUGGAGCGGCCGCCUCCUCCCGCCUCGGCCGCCGCCGCCGCCCGCCCGCAGCAGCAGCAGCGAGCGGCUCUGCCCGGGGCCGCCCCCGCCGCGGCAUCAGGAUCUGUUUUUACACUAAAAGUUCAAGUAAAUGACAUCAUCAGUCAUCAAUACCUGCGACAAGCGGUGGUAGAGGUGUUUGUUAACUACACCCUGACAAAUUCUACUCUUACUGGAAACAAUGGAGCAGUGUUAAUAAAAAUCCCCUACAAAUUAGGAUUAAGCUUAACUAUUGUCUCAUACAAGGAUGGCUACCUGCUGACACCUUUGCCUUGGAAGACUGCGAGAAUGCCAAUAUACUCGUUGGUGACACUCUCGUUAUUCCCACAAAGUCAAGCUAAUAUAUGGCUGUUUGAAGAUACUGUCUUAAUUACUGGAAAACUGUCUGAUGUCAAAUCUCAACCGAGUGUUCAGUUUCCAAAAUCUUUACUAAAGCUUCCAACAAAUCAUAUUGCAAAUGUUACAGCUUAUCUGACAGUGCCAGAGCAAUUUUUGAAAGUGGACAGCUUUCUCCAAACAACAGGAAUUAUUCUAAAUAAGUCAGGUUUCAAAAGCAUGGAAUUAACCCCUCUUGCUGCCGUAUGUGUAAAUGUUCUUUUGGCUGGGAAAGAACUGAACAUAAAUGGUCCCAUUCAGGUUACACUUCCUCUUCCCACAACUACUGCAAAAUCAGGAGAUGCUGUACCUGCCUGGACAUUUGAUAUGAAAAUUGGUGCUUGGGUAAACCGUGGGCUGGGAAUGGUCAAGGAAGUGGAUGGUCAGUUAGUAUGGACAUACACUGCUCAGCACUUGGGCUACUGGAUAGCAGCUCCACUGCCUGGAACCAGAGAAUCCAUUAUUAGUGCUGUUUCCAAGGACAUAACAGCCUAUCACACCAUGUUCCUUACGGCCAUAUUGGGAGGAACUGUUGUCAUUAUCAUUGGAUUUUUUGCUGUUCUUCUUUGUUACUGCAGGGAUAAAUGUCAUCGGACACAGAAGAAGGAAAAAAACACAACCAAGCUGGAGGUCAUAAAAAAAGACCAGACAACGUCAACAACUCACAUAAAUCACAUCAAUGCUGUCAAAGGGUCUUUAAAGCUGGAGGAUAAGUCACAGUUAUAUACAGCAAAGAGUUCUUCAUACAGCCCUCAAAGAAGGCUGUCCAUAGACACAGAAGAUGGAAAAUCACAAGACAAUUUUAAAAUCUACUCAGAGGAUGCUUCUUAUCAGUCAUCCUGUCAGACUGGUCAGGCAGGAAAUUCAGCCCAUUCAGUGGAGCCCAGUGCUGGAGUGAGGCUUUUACAGCAGCCAAAGCACAGCAACAGUGCUAUUCCCCAGGCUCCUAGGGAUAUUCCAGACCAAAACAGAUACCUUUCACUGAAAGAGGAGAUGUAUGGGCUUGCCCAUAUCCCAGAACAUCUAAUGCAUAUUUACAAUCAGCCUAUUGCUAUUCUUCAAACCUCAGACCUUUUCCACUCCCCAGAACAACUGCAUCCUGCUAAAUCAGCAACGUUGCCAAGGAAAGGGCAGUUGGUGUACGGCCCCAUGAUGGAACCCAUGAAUCGUGACAGUUACAUGCAAACACUCCCCAAAAUGCCAGGGCACUCCCAUCCCCAGCCCUCUGCCUGCAGAGAUGAGAACAGUGCCCUGGAUGGUGAAGAGGGCUUACCUUCCCAAACAUCCAACUGGGGCAGGUACACCAACAGCUUACUGGAAUCUGUCUCUGUUCCUGGGACAUUGAAUGAAGCAGUUGUAAUGACUCCGUUCUCAUCCGAACUUCAAGGGAUUUCAGAACAAACGCUGCUGGAACUCUCUAAAGGAAAACCAUCUCCACAUCCUCGAGCAUGGUUUGUGUCCCUGGAUGGAAAGCCAAUUGCUCAAGUGAGGCAUUCUUUCAUAGAUCUGAAAAAGGGCAAAAAAACUGAGAGUAAUGAUACCAGUCUGGACUCUGGUGUGGACAUGAAUGAGCAUCAUCCUAACAGGAAACUGGAGAGAGAGAAAACUUUCAUUAAAAGUAUGCCACAUUCUAAGAUUCUUUACUUGGAAGAUCUGGAUCUGAGUAGCAGUGAAAGUGGGACCACUGUUUGCACUCCAGAGGACCAGGCUGUGAGACACAUUAUGGAAGGAGGGAAUGGGCGAGUCCUGGAACAGCACGAUGAGGAAGGUCUAAGGAAAAAACCUCUACCAGGAAGUCAUGAGUCUGGUAUCCCUUCUGCUAAAAAAAGGGAUAGACCACCUCUCAUGAAAAGAGAUAGCAAAACCAACAUCUGGAAGAAAAGAGAGGAGAGGCCUCUUAUUCCCAUAAAUUAAAACACAAUGUGCUUUGUGCUGUUGCUCUCCCUGCUGGUUGUUGACCUCUUGCCUGCUUCUGUAAUUCUGCAGUGUUGGGUUUACAUGGGAAAUGUUGAUUUCUAGUAUCAAGAAAAGUUUCAUUUUUU